AUGAAGCGAGUGGCGGUCAUUGGGGGCGGGCCCGCGGGCAUCGUGACGCUCAAGUACCUCCUCGAGGCUCAGCGAAGCUUCGGUGCCGAGGAGGUCGAGGUUCGCCUGUACGAGUACAUGCACAAUGUGGGAGGGACGUUCCUCACGCGGAGAUAUGAGGAUGCAGAGCUAGUCUCUUCGAAGCAGCUCACCACCUUCUCCGACUUCAGGGCAAAGGAGGCCGGAGACUUCCUCAAGGCGGUGCAGUACGCGCAGUAUCUCGAGGACUACGUCACGCACUUCAACCUGUGGCCGCACAUCAACCUCCUGACGCGCGUGGUCGAGGUGCGCAAGCGGCCCGGCGGCGGCCACACCAUCUCCUACCAGCGCGUCAAGGACCAGCGGCACGGCGGCUUGGAGAGGGACGCCGACGGAGACGUGCAGGAGUGGGACUGCGAUGCCGUGGCCGUCUGCUCCGGCCUGCACGUGCUGCCCAACAUGCCCAACGUCCCCGGGCUGGAGCGCGUGCCCGAGGUGCUUCACUCGUCGCAGUUCAAGGCCCGCUCGCAGUUUGGCAAGGACAAGACGGUUGUCGUGGUCGGCACCGGCGAGACGGGCGCCGACGUGGCGCACCUGGCCAUCACGUCGCCGACCAAGAGGGUGGUGCUGUGCCAUCGCGAGGGAUUCCACAUUGCGCCCAAGAGGAACCCGGGCCCCGUGUUGCUGCCGUGUCUGGGGAGGAAGCUGAACCCCAACGAGCCGGGCAUCCCCAUCGACGUCAGCAGGACGAACCUCUUCGACACGACAUACGUGCACCCGAUUCUGCGCAACAGCUUCGUGCUGUGGGAGUACUACCACUGGUACAUCUCCUCCCUGCUCUGGGUCUCGGCCGGAUCCCACUGGGGCAUGGACCAGUGGGUGGGAGAGAUGCCCCCUGAGCGACACCACCCGGCCAGGAUCUUCUUCAACAAGACGGCCAUGAAGAUUUGCCCGUACAUCAGCGGCCCCUACAAGGCCAAGUACCAGAAGAACUGGCUGUACCGCAUCCGCAAGGCGCUCAUGCAGACGCCCAUCCCCGAGGGCAACGGCAGAGUCAUUGACCUCGCGCCGUGGCCCAAGGCCAUCAACGAGGACGGCUCCAUGACCAUCACGAACAACGGCCGGCCCGAGUACGAGCGGCUCAAGGACGACGUCAUCAAGCCCGACAUCAUGGUCUUUGCGACCGGAUACGCGCAGAGCUUCCCCUUCUUCAAGGCACAAGGUGAAGACAAGACGAGCGAGUACCCCGUGCCCGACCAGGCCGACGUGCGCAACAUCUGGAAGCGCGACGAGCCCACCGUCGGCUUCAUCGGCUUCCUGCGCCCCGGCCUGGGCGCCAUCCCGCCGCUCGCCGAGAUGCAGGCCCAGCUGUGGGUGUACAACCUCCUGGCCGGGGACCCCCUGUCGUCGAAGCUGCGCCCGGAGGACGAGCCGCACUACCGGCUCCAGCCGCUCGGCAACGCGCGCAUCCACUACGGCGUCGACCACGAGAGCUACGUCUACCAGCUCGCCAUGGACAUGGGCUCCGCGCCGGGCGUCACUGACCUGCCGCGCAUCCUGCUGGGCACGACCAUCUACGGCGGCGGCGGCACCUUUGCGUCCCUGAGGACCUGGUUCCGCAUACCCAUCGUCUGGGCCCUCGGCGCCAACUUUGUCACAAAGUUCCGCCUCCAGGGGCCGUGGGCCUUGGACAGCGCAAAGGACAUGAUGGCGAGCAAGGAGUUUUGGGAGACCAUUACCCGCCGGCCCUACUUUUUCGGCCAUAUCGUGGUCAACCUGCUUCCGCUGCUCAUCUUCGGACCGAUGAGCUUCGCGGUCUGGUGCUACGCCACGGUGAUGGGCGUCUUCGCCUUCCUCUUCGGCAUGGACAACGGCAGCGGCGCGUCGUCGAGCGGCGCGAGGCUCAGCGCGCUCACGCUCAUGGCCGCCACGGUGCUCUCGGCGGCGUACCUGUUCCAGGACGCCAUCUCGGGGCAGGACGGGCUCGGGUUCAGCGGACUCGGGACGGGCGUCGGCGAUGCGUGGCGUGGCGUGCGGGCGGCGGUCCCGAGCAUCGGGGUUGCCGGGCCGAGGAGGUGA